AUGAAUUCUCCUACUUUAAAAAUAAAAUACAAUGACAAUAAUUAUGGCAAUGACAAUGAUGAUGAUAAUAAUAUAAGAAAUAAAAGUAAAAAUAAAAAUUUUUUUUUUCCCAAAGAUAAAAACCAUGUAAAUAGAAAAAUCUCUAAAGAUAAAAAUUGUAAUAAUAUAAAUUUUUAUGAAGAAGAACCAUAUUUAGAUGAUAAAAUUAAUGAUGUAGAUUAUAUAAUAUUAAUAAUUCAUGGGAUAGGAUCUAAUGAAGAUUUAAUUAUAAACCAAUGUGAAGAUCUUAAAAAUUGUUUUAAAAUUGUAAAAAAAAUGUGGUUUUUUGACCACCCUUUCAAUAUACACUUUCACAUAUUUAAUUGGAAAAAAUAUAUCAUUGAUGCUCAAAUUCACGUCUUCAACCGAAUAAAUAUAAAUACAAUGGCCGAGACCAGAAAAAUAGUAAACCUUUCCGCGGGUGAUAUUAUAUGCUUUUUACACCCACGAUAUGGGGAUUACAUAAUGCUAAAUUUAUAUAAUGACAUAAAUAAAACGUUGGAAUCUCUAAAAAAUGAUGAAAGUGGCAGAUUUAAACACUCUAAGAUAUGUCUUUUGGGAUAUUCCCUAGGUAGUGCAAUGGCAUAUGAAAUAUUACAUAAUAUUAAGGUUCGAAUAAGUGAUAAUAAUUUGAAAUAUGAGUUAAAAAGUAAAAUAGAUUAUUUAUUUAUGCUUGGUAGCCCAUUAAGUGCGUUGCUAUCUUUAUAUAAACCAGAAUAUAUAAAUGAUGGUCUUAAAUUAAUUAGCGGUUUAAAAUUUUAUAACAUAUUCCAUGGUUUUGAUCCGGUUGCAUUUAGAAUCGAACCAUUAAUAUAUCCGAAAGUGAAUAAUAUUUCUGAUCCUGUUUUAAUAAAUUAUUGGAGAAAUAAUGGAGCAAGAUAUUGGUUUGAAUGGGAUAAAAAUAUGCAAAAUGCUAAAAUAGCUAUUGUACAAAAUUUAAAUGAUAUUACAUCUGCUAUUACUAAUGGGUUCUAUAAAUUUUUAUGGAAAUCCGAACCAAAUACUGAAGAACAAGGUACACUAAAUAAAAACCUUUGUUAUAAUAAAUGUGAAAGUAAAGAUAUAAAUAUGUUUCUAUUAAAAGUAAAGGAAAAUCAAAGAAAAAUAGAAACAAAUAAACAUAAAAAAAAAAAAAAAAAAAAAAAUUCUGAAAAUAAUUUGUCAAAAAAUGAUAAAAAAAUAUGUGAUGAAAUAAACAAUUUUAAUAAAUAUGAAAAUAAUGAUUCAUAUUCAAAUAACACAUCUAGUUAUGCCGAUAGUACAAAAAGUAUUAAUGCAUCUCAAGAUUCAAAUAGUGAAAAUUCAUUUUUUGAUCAUGAUUUUAGUGAUAUUUCAGAUCAUACUCAAAAUAUAAAUAUGACAAAGCAAGAAAUUAUUAAAAAAGAACAUAUUGAUAAUGGCUAUAAUGAAAAUGAAAAAAAUAAGACAAUGCCAAUUAGAUAUGAUUAUCAGUUACAAGAAUUUAUAAUGGAACAUUAUAUUUAUCCAUUAGCUGUAGCUAAAUCUCAUUUUAAUUAUUUUAUAAUUAAAGAUAUAUCAUUUUUUAUAUUAAAAGAAUUAAUAAAUAAAGAGACACCAAUAAGUUAUGAAGAAUAUUUAACAGAGAUUGAAAAGGAAUAUAAUAAUAAAUCAACACAUGAAAAAGAUAAUACUAAAAAAGAACAGUACCAACAAAUUUCUUUAAAGGCUUCUAAACUAUUAGAAGAAUUCCAUAAAUUUGAAAAAAAUAUGGAAGUAACAUCAGAUCCUUUUAAUAUCAAAAAUUUCAAAAACCUUAUUUAA